GACCCACAAACCCGGAUGCAACCAACGCCUAGUCUGUCGGUAGAAAAACGAUGCAGACGAUAAAAUGUGUCGUGGUAGGAGAUGGUGCAGUUGGAAAGACCUGCUUACUGAUCUCCUACACAACCAACAAGUUUCCUUCAGAAUAUGUGCCAACAGUGUUUGACAAUUAUGCAGUGACAGUGAUGAUUGGAGGAGAGCCUUAUACGCUCGGUCUCUUUGACACAGCAGGUCAGGAAGAUUAUGACAGGCUGCGUCCUCUCAGCUACCCACAAACGGACGUCUUCCUCGUGUGUUUCUCUGUCGUUUCCCCCUCGUCGUUUGAAAAUGUCAAAGAGAAGUGGGUACCUGAGAUUUCCCACCAUUGUCCAAGCACACCUUUCCUAUUGGUGGGCACACAAGUAGACCUGCGGGACGACACCAACACUGUGGAGAAGCUGGCGAAGAACAAACAGCGUCCCCUUUACCCCGAGAGUGGCGAGAAGUUGGCGCGUGAGCUCAGAGCUGUCAAAUACGUGGAGUGCUCCGCGCUCACACAGCGAGGACUUAAGAAUGUAUUUGACGAGGCCAUACUGGCAGCGUUGGAACCUCCUGAGACCAAAUCUAAGAAGAAGUGUGUUCUGCUAUAAAGGAAUGCCAACAGUGAGCGAUGUAACGGUGUGAGAGAUUGGUGGUAUUAUUCAACAGAUCAAGUUUUUUCUAAACAAAGGACAAAACCAAAGGGUUAUAGACGUACAGUGCCAUUAAGAUUAAUUGUGCCUUUGGAAAAAAAACUGAGGCUAAAGUCGCAAAGUUUCAACAUGCAAUAAGUGCCACUCAAGUCCAUUUCUGAAAGAUUUUUAAAACUUUUUAAUUAUUUUUUUUUUACAUUCAGGUGUCCCCUCUUAUCCUCUCAUGGUUCUUUGCCCUUUUUAAAAUAUUUUCUGGUAGUAAGUGACCUUUUAGUCUUACUAUGUUUUAGUAAAAGGAAAUUGGGAGGACACUUAAUACGUACUGUUAGUAUCUUUGAACGUUACCUGGUACUUUCUGUUCUGCCCCUGCUGGAUCGGCUAAUGAAGCCCAAUCACUCCAAACAAACUGUUAUGUUUACUACUUUCCAACUCCCAGCAUCCUCUAGGGAGGAAAUGUAUUUUCACAAGUUUUCAUUUUCCGGUGAAUUUCUUUUAUUUUUUUUAAUCGUUGUUUUGGGGAAUCUUUUUAGGCUUUUUUUUAUCUUAAAAACUUGAAAAAAAAUAUUUUUUUGUUUAAAUUUUGUCUGUCUUAUCCUGUUUUUAUUGUUAGACGACCAAGAGUGAUAUAUAUAAAAAGAGAAAAUUGUGAUAUUUUUUGAUUGAUGGAGUUAGAUGACUCUUUCUGCUGAAUUUAUGGGUGUUUUAAUUUG